GUCGUACUGUAAAGUUCGGUUUUUAAUUGCCAAAACUUAUUAUAUAUUUUUAAACAAAACAAUGUUAUCUUUUGAGACUAAUGAGGCAAAAACAAAUGCUUCUAUAUACUAUAAAACUACGUAUCAUUAUACAUCAAUGAAUACGCUAGAAAAAUACUCAAAUCCAAAGAGGAAUGACAUGCAAGGCGUAAAAAGAGUCUUGACAUUUUGUUGUUUAGUGGCAAUAGUUCCGACAACUUUAAUCAUCCUUCCACUGUAUCUUAAGCAUGAAGUUUUUAAAGAUACAAUUUAUUCCGUCGCUGAAUCCGAUGUCUUGGAAGUACGGCAAGGAAUUUCAUCAAUCUUUUGUCAAGAGCAUGUGCUAAAAAUGAACACUUCAUUUAAUGCUUUUCAAUUACAUCAUAUGCCAUCUGAAUCAAAAACAAGGAAGCAUAUAAGACUGAAAAAGUCUAUGAUACUUCCAGAUGACACAUUAGAAUAUUGGGGAUUUUAUUUGAUGAAUGGAGCUACUGUUGAACUUAAAGUUUGUUCGCUUCUUGAAGGUUCAAGGAUACUCGUCGUCAAAGGCGAAAGAAAUUUGCGGACAUGUGGAUUAUUAGAGCAUAAUAAAAAUAAAUUCGGAGUCGCUUACAAUGCUGAACAGUCACAAGUAAAAGUAACGUUUGAGACAGCAGCUGAAAUUAUUGGUCCGCACAUAACGACAAAAGAAGAAAACCCAAAUCAAUCACCGAAAGAAACUGUUCACCUUGAUAAUGAGUCGAUUUUUGAUAACGCAGCUGAAGAGCUUGAUGACUUUACACAGGAACAAUUCAAUGACACUUUAAUAAAUGAUUUAAAAGAAGAACAAGAAGAAACGACUAUAAAUAACAAUGAGAAAGAUGAUCAAGUCAAACAAUCAGGAGAGAGUAGUAAGGCAAACAAAAGUGGAAUUAAAAGCCACAGCAAACGAGACAAUAAGAAACAGAAGAGAUUUUCAGAUUCCAGUACACAAAAACAAUCGUUCGUUGAGAACAAUAGAGCCAAACGUGAUACAAUUUUAGAUAGAGGCAUUAAUCAUGGUGGAAAUGCUCAAAACUACCAUCCUAAAAAUGAGUCAGACUCGAUAUCAAGUUUUGAGAACUCUUUACUUGAAUGCUUUGAUGGGCAAAUUUUAGUCGCAAAAUAUUUCCCGCCAUCAAAAAAUUGUAAUAGCGUCAAAUACCUAGAGCAAGGUGCACAUUUAGUCAGUAAACAUGAUGUCAAUACAAAUGGAUAUUAUUACUACAUAUUCUACUCGGAUAACGAUGAUGCCUACAACAAUAUCCAUGCGGUAUUUGAUAUUUUUAAGCCUAGCUACCUGUAUUCAAACAUUUCUGAAACAAAAGGCUGUAUUAACUCUACGAACUGUAAUUUUAAGGUUCAAAUGUUUUCUGAUGAAGUAGUUAUAGUGGAAGUUCCAACUAAAGAUGGCAUUGAGCAUGAGGAUGAGGAUUUUUCUCUACUUAUUUCUCAAUGCACGCCAAGAAUGAGUGUCUAUAUUAUUUUUCCUAUAUUAGUUCUUAUCUUUGUUUUAAGUUGUGCAUUUAUAUGAGCUUAAGUUUCAAUUUAUAAAGAUUACUGUGAAUUAAAUUUUUAAGUACAAAUAUAGACGAAAAGAUCGCGUAAAGUAAUUAAUAAUGUGAUAUUUAAUUUGUGUAAGCUAGUGUGCUAUCAAGGGAAAAUGUCUUACUCUCGGACAUCGAAUUUUGAUUCUAAAGUAGCUCCCGGUACCAAGAGUAUUGAGCUAUAUGUAGGCGAACAUGUCAAUUCACUGCUCUACUGCCUGAAAAGUGUGAUAAACACUGCCAGCAAAGGAUCUUAACGUCUUUACACUUCUAAUCACUUAGCCUAUAUUGUCUUUAAUACUGCUUUACUUUCCUAGUACCAAGUUAGUCUAAAAGUGACCUUAUUUGAGGCAUGACAUGAUUUUUUGUAGCUUCUUGAGAGUGUCGGCGCUAUAUAAAUAACGAUAAUUAAGACUUUUGAGCUCUAAAACGGUAAUUGCACCUUUUUAAAUUGAUAAACUGAUCUAAAUUAUAUUAAUCCUUUAAAGCAGUCGAAAAUCCAACCCAUAAUAAUAAAAGCUUCAACAUUUAAGCCUUAAAGAAAAAAUCACACCGGAAAUAUGCGUCUUAAUCCUCUCAAAACCUCCCAACUCUAAAUUUUAAACAGUAUCUCGUCUCGAUCUAUAUCCAUAGCCUAUGUCUUCUUUAUAUCUCUUACCAUAAUCACGUAAGUCCAUUAUACUCUUUCUUAUUGUCACUUCAAGUGUGAGAAAAAUUCACUUGAAAGGGUCUCAAUAGGAAGGAAGUAUAUAACAACAACAAAGAGAUUGAAAAACAAAAAAAAUCAACCAAGUGAAAAUAAAAAAAAAAUUGAUCUUCAAAACACGAAUUCAAGACGUAAAAUAAUCUUCUUUAUAUCUGUUCAUGUGAAUACAUUGGUGGUAAAUAAUGUGACAACAUCAAAAUUAGAGAAAUCGUUUAUUCAAUUAAUUGAGACAGGCUUCAUCAAAUUAUAUUUUCGGUUGCUGUGGAAAUGAAAUUAAAUUUUUUAACCUGUUAAGAUCCCAACAAUUUACGUUUCUUUCAAUUUUCUCUAUUGUUUAUCUUAUUAUCUAUAGAUAAAUUUAUUUUUUUAUAUACAUCCGCUCAUCCUCACACACAACGUCACUCACAACAAAUUUUUUGUGUUAUAAAAAUAAAUAAAAGAAAAUAAAAUGAAGACAC